AUUUGUUUAAUCGGGCGUUUUACACGUUAGAAUUACAUUCAUUUUUCCUGUUUUAAACUGUUUAAAAAGUUGAAAAAAAUUAUUUAAAGUAUUUUGAAACAAGGAUCAACAAAUAUGAUUCAUGGACUAUACAAUUUUACAGUGAUAUUUGUGUUUAAACAAUUGAAAUAAUUCCUGUCUGAUAUGAUGAUAUUGAAGAGUAUUUUCGGCUUUAUAUUGGCAUUACUUACAUUUGAACACGCAACAUCAACUUCCAGUAGCUUUUUGAUCUUCAGUAACUUUGUGAUAACACGGGAUGAAGCACAGUAUUGCUGUAGUAAAUACGGCAUGACACUGAUGACUGUCAAAGACCAAACUACGCAAACAUGGCUGGAAAAUAAUUUGCUUCCAGUUGUAGGAACAACAGGAGCCUAUUGGUUAGGAGUGUUUAGUGACAACAAAACUUCUGAGGUCUAUGAUGUUAAAACUGAACCCAUUUCCUGGACAAAUUGGGACGAAGGAAGUUUACCUCCAGAAAAUACUGGUCCAAAUGGAACUUUUAUGUUCAACUCAUCUGUAUGUGUUAAAGGAGAUUUAAGUGAUGACUUUAAAUGGAAGUUGGCGAGUUGUGAAGAAAAACUACCUUACAUAUGUCAAACAUUUGUUAAUGACAGUAUGAACAUUGUCGAUGUCGGUGAUCAUAGCCAUAUAACAUGUCCUGCUUUAUUGAAGUAUAAAUCCACAAGCAUUAGUCGUGUAGGAAACAUCCUCCAAGACGGAGUGGCAUACGCUGGGACACAAGGACUAUUUGAAAAGGAGGACAAGAUAAAGGAAAUGUCGUCACAGCUAGAUGCUCAUUUUGUAACAAACUAUCAUGAUUGUAUUAUCCUAUGCAUGAAUCAUGCUCAAUGCUCUGAGGUCAUACUUGUCAGUAAUCAACUGUGCAUGCUGUACCAGUCUAGUUAGCUCUUUAAAAAUAUUUUUUGACUUGACAGACAAAAUGGUUGUUGUCUCAUCUAUAAAUAUCGCUUAUAAAUAGACGUCUUGCCUUUAAUUAAGAAAAAAAAAUUGUUUUUAAUUCAAAUUAAUAUUUGAAUUCAAUAAAAGUUUGUUCAAUUUU